GAACGUUUGGGAGGUACAGCAAAUUGUUGGAAACAAGAUUAAUUAGUCAAAAUAAAACACAGAAAACCGCCUACUAACAAACAAUAUGUCUGGAAAUGUUAAUAUUUGUUCAGUUACUGACAAUGUGAAGAAAGCAAUAAAAGAAUUUAGAUUCCAAAAAAUGCAAGAUACAGCUGCUCUUAUUUUGAAGGUAGAUCGAGAGAAGCAAGAAAUUAUAGUGGAUGAAGAACUGGAAAAAAUUUCUGUGGAUGAUCUUCAAGAAAGUCUGCCAAGCCAUCAACCAAGAUAUGUGAUUCUGUCCUAUCGCCAAGUCCACAAUGAUGGCAGGAUAUCUUUUCCAUUGUGCUUUAUUUUCUACACGCCACGUGAUAGUCAUGCAGAACUGCAAAUGAUGUAUGCUGGUUCAAAAAUUUCCUUGCAGAAUGAAGCUGGAUUGACAAGGUCAUAUGAGAUCAGAGAACUUGAGGAUCUGACUGAGGAAUGGCUUUUGGAAAAGCUGGGUCAUUGAUUGUUGCCAAAUAUUAUAAAUCACAGGGUUUUAUCAGUCUUUUGCAUAGUACAAAAUAAGCAAAACCAAAAUAUUCAAUUGCAAAUAUAUUGUUUUUGUUUAUAUAAAAGCUUUCAUGUAAAAAAAAAACUAUAAA